AUUUGAACACAUUUUUUGGAUUUUAAAUUGCAUUUGCAUAUAAAUUAAGCCGACACAAUGGCAAGGAGAGGAGUAGCUCAACAAUUGCAAGCUGAAAUCAAGACGGACGCGGAUUUGGAAAAAUUCUUGGCUCGUCCAGGACUGCUUGUCUUGGAAGUGUACUCGGAAUGGUGUGGCCCAUGUCUGGGAAUGGUUGGCACAUUGCGUCGCAUCAAACUUGAAGUGGGUGGCGAUAAUCUACAUUUGGCAAUUUGUCAAUCAGAUACCGUAACGGCUCUCAAGCGCUUUAAUAAAAAAAGUGAACCCACAUGGUUAUUUGCUAUUAGGGGUCAAGCUGUUAACAUUUUCUAUGGGUCAGAUGCUCCAAAAUUGGCAAACCUAAUAAUCAAAGAGCUGGAAUUGAUGGCCCAAAGUGCACCGCGAACAAUGUACAAUAUUGCAGAUCUACAACCGGUUGAGAAGGAGGCGCUGCGGAUUAAAAACGAAACAAUCGAAAAGGCCGAGCGCAUUGAGACCGAAAAGAAAUAUAAGAAAAGAAUUGAUUAUCUGAAUCAUUGUACGGAUUUGAUAAUGGAAAAUUUGCCGGAUGUUGGUGUUACGAUAUUUGGCCCACAAGUCUCGCGUGACAUGUUCAAGAAGCUCUCCGAGCCCGCCGAUCAUCUUAAAAUGCAAUGCAAAGAUCGCAGAUAUCUCGAAGUGUCAUCAGCUGACUUCGAAGUUGUUAACUAUGCCUGCAAGAAUCCACUAUCUGCCGAUAUUAUCGAAGUACUCGAUGGCAAAGAGUUGCUCGUGUGCUUCUGGAAAAUAGAUCCAUCCUCUGGUCCCAUACCGCAUGUGCUGGCCACUUACGCCCAUGAGCUGACCAAGGAGCGAGUUGCUCCACCCGAUGAGGAAUUCAGUGCACCACAUCCACUGCCACCAAUUAUAUCGCCGCUAAAGGUUAAAUUCGAGGUUGAGGUUCAAGAGGGUGAGGUAUGGGUGGAGGAAGUGAGCUCCGAAGAAGAGGUUAAAUUAAAGGUCGAAAGGGCAAAGUCUGUGACGCGUGACGAGAGUCGUGGCACCAAGGAUCAUGACGGACCAGACGAUGAUGGGGAGGAAGAAGCGAUUGAGGAAGAGGAGGAAGUACAUGCCGUAGCACAGUCAGCAGUCCCUGACAUGACAUUCGAUCUAAAUCUGGGUCUCGACGAUGAUGAUCACGUCAGCGAAGAGGAGGUUGAGGAAGAGGAAGAAGCAGCGCCACCAAAGCCCAUAACUCGCACAAAACGUGUCAAGAUUCCACCAAUAUGGGUUGCCAACAAUCGACGCACCCAUGCGACCAUGGUCUAUGUAUUCUUCCGUAGCCAAACAGUUGGAUUUUUACCACCAGAUCCAGUACCGGAGCCACCACAUAUCAUAAUGGCAUUCGAGGCAUCCAAACGCGAUGAUGUGAUGGAAGUUGUGGAGGCGACUAGAGAAGAUAUACCUCAAUAUGGAAUCUUCACCAGCGACAUUGCGGGCGAGGCCAAACUCAUAACAAACUCGAUUUAUAAAUAUGACGACAUGGCGCCUUCAAGAACCGAUCGAAUCGUGCUCAAAGUUAACAAGGUUCAAUCUAAUACGAUGCUAACUCUGGUGCAAUUUGAACCGACCUACUGCAGUAGCAAUGUCAACUCCGGACGCUUGGAAGCACUCAAAUUCUUCCCAGAAGAUUAUAAGACCGAUGAAGCUGUCCCGCCCGAUGUACAGAAAAGGUUAACGAAGAAGAAAACAAUUGUAGUGGAACCAGAAGUGGUCGAAGAGCAGCUUCCAAGCAUUGUGUCUGCCACAGCUCUCACAGGUGCCCCGGAAAGCGCAGUCACAGUUGCAGAAAGUACCGAAGUGGAGCCGCCCCAACCAGGUGAAACGCUGCACGCUGAAGCUCCAGCAGCAUCCACAGAUCCAGCUGUUGCACCAACAGAUGGAACCGUACCACCUGUCCAAGGCACAACGACGGCGCAGGAGCCACCCAACACGGAGACUGCUCCUGCUCCUGAACAGGCAACUGCCCCAGAAGCGCCAACCGAAUCAGCACCAGCUGAAUAGUUUCCCAAUAGUUCCUCGGAAGCACCUAACCAAACUGUUUGUAUAUAUUUACAUAUCUGUACUCAACUUUUAUAACGAAAUUCCCAAGUUAAUAACAAUAAUAAAGUCUGUAAAAUAUCGUAUGAU